AUGCGGCCCCAUGUGCCGCCAUUGGGCGGUAUGCAAAUCCUGGAGGAAGGAGGGUCAGCAGUGGAUGCUGCCAUUGCAGCACUGCUCUGUGAUGGGCUCUCAAAUGCACACAGCAUGGGCAUUGGAGGAGGCUUUGUCAUGACAAUUUGGCACAAUGUAACCAGGACUGCACACACUCUUAUUGCCAGGGAAUGGGCACCCCUGCAUGCCUCUGAAAACAUGUAUGGUGGCAAUGGGACCCUUUCCAAAUCUGGUGGAUUAGCAGUUGCAGUGCCAGGGGAGAUUGCUGGAUAUUGGGAGGCUCAUCAGAAAUUUGGAAAAUUGCCUUGGCACAGGUUGUUCCAGCCUGCUAUCAAAAUGUGCCUUGAGGGCAUAGAAAUACACAAGCCUCUGGGGGAUGCAUUG